AUGAAGUGCCCUUUGGCGAGCAGUCCAACUGCAGCAGAGCUUCUAGAAGCCAGUAAAAAGCUUUACGUAAAAACUGACGUGCUGAGACAGCGAAAAAUCGAACCUGGACAACCCCGUCUUUUUCAAUCUACUGACGACGAAGACCACCCAUGUCCGAAACUACCUUCUCCUUCAUUGGUCGUUCCUCACAUCCCAUCAAAACGGUCGGCUUUUCGAAUAGUCCGUGAACCACUUUCGCCACCGAAAAAAGAAUCCGUUCCUCUACGGUUUACAAGAUAUCCUGUGACUGUAAUUAGCCCUCCUCCUCCACCAUAUCCACGAAGCAGUUCGUUAUCGCAGCACUCUCCUGAAUCUGAGCAGCCUGCUCCCGGUUGGAAGCCGACACCCAAACCUCGACUGAGCAUAAUGCGAUCCAUGGUGGAACUGUCAACGAUGGAUUCUGAGCAGCCACGUCCAAAGCCACGACGAAAGGUGUUGCUGAGCGAACCGACUCCUACUGAAACACAAACUACCAUUCAAAAUGUGACUUCCACGAAAUCUCUGCAGAACUCGCCGUUGGGCUACAGAAAGAAAAGUAUUGGUGAGUUUCUACAUAAUAUUUCAUUUCUGAUACGUUAA